GCAACCUGCAGUCAUCAACAUGUUCAAGAUUCGACAACGUAAUUGCAUGCUUAUUGCCACGGUGCUCAUACUGGUGCCAUGCAUUGUGAUAUUGAUGGUAUUGGGCCCGGAACUAUCCACCGAACAGUCGCUGACGCAACGGCUGGCCGAGUGUCACAUGCGAUUGCAGUACCUGGAGUCUAUGUAUCGUGCACGCCAGGAGGAUGUCUCACUGCUCUCACAGUACUUGGGUCAGCUGCAGUACAACAAUGGGAGCAAUGUGACAAAUGUUAGUCCACCGCCACAGCCGGUGGCCAAUUUGCUGGACGCGCUUAGUCCAGAGGCACGUCAAUUGCUGCGCAAUGCAUCACACGUGUCGAGAUCGGGCGCCGUUGGGUCGUCCCGUGGCUAUAUGCCCGUGCAAAAUAUACGUCUGCCAAAUGCUUAUCACUUUCUGCCACAUUUACUGGACGAUGCUGGCUCCUUGCGCCCGGCCUAUUUGCUGAGCAAAGGACGCACAGAUGUUAGCAUUGUGCUGGGCGUGCCCACCGUACGACGCGAGAAGCAGUCGUAUCUGCUCGCCACGCUGCACAAUCUAAUUGAGAACAUGAACGAUGAGGAGCAGAAUGAGACGCUUAUCAUUGUUUACAUUGGCGAAACGGAUUUGGAUGCUGUCCAGCUGAUAGCCAAGCAAAUUGAGACAAGCUUUGAGGCGCAUGUGGAGAGCGGACUAAUAGACAUAAUAGCGCCAGCGCCCAGUUACUAUCCAAACUUUGAGCGAUUGCGCAUUACAUUAAACGAUCCUUUGGAGCGCGUGAAAUGGCGUAGUAAGCAGAAUCUAGAUUUUGCCUAUCUUAUGGCCUAUGCGCACUCAAAGGGCACUUUCUAUGUGCAGCUAGAAGAUGAUAUAUUAACUAAGCGACAGUUUAUAACCACCAUGAAGAAAUUUGCACUUAUCAAGAGCGCUUUGACAAAGCCAGACCAGCCUGCCUGGUUUGUUUUAGACUUUUGUCAACUUGGCUUUAUUGGAAAAAUGUUUAAAAGCGCUGAGCUGCCCUACCUAAUUACAUACUUUCAAAUGUUCUACAAUGAUAAGCCUGUCGACUGGCUGCUUACCUAUUUCAUUGAGUCAAAAGUAUGUCGCACGGACAAGGAUCAGAAGCAUUGCAAUUUGGAGAAGGCCAAAUAUUGGCAGCAUUUUCGUAAAUCCCUUUUCCAGCACAUCGGGACCAGUUCCUCGCUCAAGGGCAAAGUACAAAAGCUUAAGGACAAACAAUUUGGCAGCAAGGUUCCAUCUUACUAUGCACACAUGAAUAAUCCUCCGGCUGUGGUCAAGUCAAAUAUAGCGCCAUAUAAAAACUAUUUGCUGAAGCGCGCCUAUCGCGGAGAAACAUAUUUUUGGGGUCUAUUGCCACAGCCCGGUGACUUGGUGCAGUUCACCUUUGAGCAGCCAACACUGCUACGUCGCUAUUUAUUUCGCAGUGGCAACUCUGAGCAUCCUUCGGAUCGUUUCUACAACACCACCGUGGAGCUGCUCCCGGCCGAUAGUCUAAGCGAGAAUUCAUCCGUUUGGAGUACGUACAAUACAACAACGGAUGGUUAUCUCGUGGUGGGUGCAUUUGAUGGCCUAGGCGUCGCCGAGGGCCUGCUCGAUCCCAAGAUUGGUGCCAUUAAGGAGCUGCGUCUUCACGUGCACAGCGACAGUGAGAACUGGGCGCUGCUUAGCGAAAUUGAGCUUCAAGAGAUGGACAACAGCGCCAACAACGCGGAAGCAAAUGCCGCCAAGCCGCGCUUUAUCGCAGUCAGCUGAUUGCUGCAUCGCCAUCGGCAGCAACAGGAUGAUUAUAGUGGAGAUCUAACCAAACAUUGAUGUUUUCCUAACCUAUUCAUCUAUAUCUCUCAGUGUGUAUAUGUUUGUAUAUUUUUUGAGCGCUACUUUUAAAGCCUAUCGUCUAAAUGUGUAAAUAACUAACCUCAAGGUAUAAUCAUAAAGUUUAACUGUAACUAUUUAUAAUUGUAAAGCACAGUUUACACGUGUAUCAGAUGUUUACCUAAAUAUUUGUACAACAUUUAAUUAUUUGUGCUAAAACAAACUACUCAUUAUAAUUUAAAAGUUGAAGCAACGUACAUUAUUUUUGCUAAUAUCUGUCACGUGUGAAUCGAAUUGUAACUAAUACUACAUUUAUACGUGCACGAUUAUCGUGUCGAAUCGAAUAUUGAAUACUGAAGUCAACUUAUGGAUGAAUUGAACACACAACUUGUAAAAUCCAUAAAUGUCAUGCAUAAAUGCCUUUUAUACAAGGUAUUUAAAAAACAUCAAGUUCAUCUACAUUUGAACAGCCAUAUUUAUAAAAAAAAACCAACCUGAUCGUGAUCUUGUGCAUAUGCUACAGCGCACGACUUUCAUUCUAUUCCCGCAUGAUCCAUAUAAGAUCCAAGUGCCCCUCCAUUUGUUCAUUGUGUUAUAUACAUUUUUUGUACAAGAAAAUUGUUUAUGAAUAGUUGUGCUAUGUAACUGAGCGCUCUGAAAUCAUUCUCUGUAUUGAACUAUGUUUUAUUUUGUUAUUUACUGUGCAUUUCUAAGUAUUUAUUUUAAGUGUUAUCCUCACCAAUUGGCCACUUUCUCGAAUUGAAACAUUCCAGUCACUUUUGCUGCUAUUUUUGUUGCUGAAUUUCAAACACAUAAUUUAUUAUUAAUACGAAUCUCGAAACGAAUCCAGUUCUCAAUGGAACAGAAAUUGUCAAUCAAAUAUAUUUAUUUAUUGUUUACUCAUUUCAUUGUUUAUUUAUUAAUAUAUCAUUUUAGCUACAGUUACAUACGUAUUGCAGCAUCUAAACAAAAGCCAUAACAGCCGAAUAAGUGUAUAAUAAUAAUAAAUAAUCUUCAAAGCAUAUUCAACAAGAAA